GGCGAUAGCACUCUAAAGUGUGCUGGACACCUGGGGCAGCGCGUGAACUUAGCAGCAGCAGCAGCCCGCUUUUAGUGCAAUGAAGUGUCAAGUGUCGGUGCUGCUUGGGGCAGCGCUGCUGUGCCUGGUGGUGUUGGUGCUGCAGCCAUCCACCGUACGGGCUGAUCGGUUGCAGCCGAAAGGAUACAAACAGACGGUGGAGAAGCUGCAAAAGUUUUACGCGUCGUUUGAGCAGCAAGUGUCGCGGGAAUUCCGCCGCUGGCAGCAACAAGGAUCCAUGACGCCCCACUUCCGCCACCUGAUCGCAGCGUCCGCCAUCGGGAAAAGUGAGCGAGCGCAGGAGAUCCGCGAGCUGCCCACCGCUCGGGAAGGACCGCUGUGUGCGAUCUGCCGCGGAUUUGGCGGCUCGGUGCUGGAGUUCCGCCGUGAAGGUGCAUCGCGGGAGGAAGUGUUCAACACGACGGUCGAACUCUGCACCAUGCUCAACCUGCAGGAGGAAUCGAUCUGUCGCGGGUUGAUCGAUCUAAACAUUGACACGAUCCUGUACAUUGUCGACAAUCGGCCGGAACUGUCUUCCGCGUCGCUGUGUGCGGUCGUGUUUCAAUCGGGUGCUUGUGUGCUGGAUGAUCCCACCUUUACCGAGUGGCAGGUGGAGCUGGAUCCGAAUGGAACGCCCGUGACCGCAUCGAAAGCGGGCACUCCCCAGCGUGGACCGAACGAUCUCAAGAUCGUACAGAUUACCGAUCUUCACUUUGACCCGAACUAUCGGCCCGGGUAUAAUGCGGAAUGUGGCGCUCCUGCCUGCUGCCGUGAGUCGCAGGGAGUGCCGGAGGAUCCGGCAGCCGGUGCCGGCCACUGGGGCGACUAUCGGAACUGUGAUACACCGUGGAAUGCGGUUGAAGAUCUGCUCGAUCGGGUGGCGGAAGAGCAUGCCGAUGCGGACUUUAUCUACCACACCGGGGACAUUAUCGAUCACGGCAUCUGGGAGACGUCGAUCGGGUACAAUGUACGCUCGAUCAGCCGUGUGGUGGAAAAGUUCCGCCAAACGUUCGGUGAAACGCCCGUCUACAACAUUCUCGGCAAUCACGAGGCCCACCCGACGAACGUGUACGAGCUGGGGGAGGUUACGCGGCCAGACUUUUCCACCAACUGGCUGUACCACCUGUCGGCCGAUCUGUGGAGCCAGUGGUUGCCCCAGGCAGCGCAGCAAACGAUCCGGCUGGGCGGGUACUAUACCGCGCUGGUGUCGCCCGGCUUUCGGGUGAUUGCGCUGAACAAUAACGAUUGCUACACGUUCAACUGGUGGAUUCUGUUCCAGCCGGACGCACUGAAGGGCCAGCUGCAGUGGCUGCACGAUGUGCUGCUGCAGGCGGAGCGGGCGGGCGAGAAGGUGCACAUUCUGGCGCAUUUGCCCAUAUCGUCCGAUUGUUUCAGUGUGUGGCAGCGCGAGUAUAGGCGCAUUUUGGAGCGUUUCCGCGACACGAUCAGCGCCCAGUUCCAUGGGCAUACGCACAAGGAUGAGUUUAAUGUGUUUUACGCGAGCGAAAGUCCGGAGCAUGCGGUUGGCGUGGCGUGGAACGGUGGUAGCGGUACGUCGCACACGAACGUCAACCCGAACUACGUCGUGUACUACGUCAAUCCGGAGACUUACGAAGUAACGGACUUUGAGUCGUACGCGUACAAUCUAACCUCCGCCAACAUGUCGCCGGACGAGCGUCCGGCCUGGUUCCGCAUGUACUCGUUCCAGGAGGAGUACGGCCUGUCCGAUCUUAGCCCGGCCGGCGUGGACGAGAUGAUCCAGCGGCUGGGCACACCGGCCGGGCGCGAUGAGCUGCGCCGCUACUGGGAGUACAAGGUGAAGCUGGCGGAUGCAUCGCUUGCGACCGACUGCACUGAUGAGUGUUUGCUCAAUCAUCUGUGCGAGAUUGUCACCAAUCAGGCCGAUGACUUGAGAAAGUGUCAAGAGCUGUCGGAGACGUUCUUCGAUUGAGGGGACAAAAAUGGAACAGAAAAUUGCGUAUGCGUUUUAUAAACGUCCGGUGAAGAAUGGGAAAGGGGGAAUGCAAAGGAAUCUAAAAUAAAGUUACAAAAUUGUUAAGUCCA